UCAGCUCUUUCAGUUACGAGACUUUCAUAGGAAGCCUUGAAGAGGACUUCGACUCCGUUCAAUGGCAACACCCACACAACACAAAAGAAGGCUAGCAAGCUCACGCCUACUGUCGGUGUUGUUUAAAUAAGGUCAUUUAAUGACUAAUAAGCAAGUACAUGUUCCUGUUACCGGGAACGCAAGAAGACUUUGAACCAUUUUAAACCCAAAUGGAUCGCUAGAGGCAAAGCUGUGUGUCAAGCAUAAGAAGUUCUGGAGGCCUUCCCAGGUUCCGUUUGGGGCGAGGAUUAGAAUGCACCGCAGCGGGGAUAAGGAGUACCAGAUUUCAGCACGGAAGAUGGGAACGUCCUUGCUCUUCCAGCUGUCUGCUCAUGAUCGGGAGCUUGACUUGGUAUGUCUUGACCACAGCUAUGCCAAACCAUGGAAUGCUCACCCGGAUGCCAGCAGCGCGCGGCCCGCAAGAACGCUGUUUGUCACCCCUCGACGCCAACCAGAAGUUUCUCCAGAGUCAGAAGCCUUAAUAGAUGUGGAAACAGUCACACCCACACCAGUUCCUUUGUAUGACAACCACAAAGCUCAGAGUGUGAUGAAGGAAUGUGAGCGACAUGUCCUGUUUGCUCGCACUGUUGCGGACAGUCCACCUCCUCCUGAUGACUGGGAGGAACAUAUAAACAAGACUAUGUGGUCAGUCGCUCAGACAAAACUGUUCAAUAAAGUCCUUAAAGCUCUUCAGGCUGAGAGAUUAGCCCGUUUGGCCAAUGAACAUGCAUCCAAUGAGCCAAUAUUGCGCAGAAUAGCAGUGGACAAAUGUGCCAGAAAGGUGCGGCAUGCCUUGGCCAGUGUAAACUGGGAGACCAAACUGACUCAGUGGUUGCACACCACUAUGAUUGAAUCGCUGAGUCUCGCCAUGCUUGCUGCCUAUUUGGAUGUUCUUCAAACCCUCAAAAGCAAGGUACCAUCGCUGAUCGACAGAAUGUUGCUUCCGGCGGCAAAGACGGGUUCUCCCAGUGCCGAGGCCCUCUCACUGCUACUGAAGCGUCCAUGGGAUCCGGCUGUUGGAGUUCUGUCACAAAACAAACCGAGCAAGCUCCCCAGAUCCCCACUCAUCCUAAUAGCACCAUCAAGCCCGACUAAUCCAGCUGUGUCGACAUCGCGGCGAAUGAGAUUCUGGCAGUCACAGCUUUCCUGUUUGGGCAAGGUGAUUCCCAUACACACUCCGAUCAGCAGUGGCGCCAAUAUUAGCAUCACUCAGUGUCUGGAGCACAUGCUGGGAAUCGUUCGUGCAAAGGUCACUGAGGUUCACAGACACUUUCCUCACAAGCCUAUUAUCUUGGUUGGUUGGAACGCCGGAGCUCUCAUAGCUUGUCAUGUGUCCCUCAUGGUGUACCUGACCGCUGUCAUUUGUCUCAGCUUCCCUCUGCUUACAGUCAGUGGUCCAAGAGGGGAUGUGGAUGACCCACUUCUGGACAUGAAGACCCCGGUGUUGUUUGUGGUUGGUCAGAACGCUCUGCAGUGCAGUAUCGAAGGAAUGGAGGAAUUCCGAGAGAAACUCAGAACUGAUAACAGCAUGGUGGUGGUGGGAGGAGCUGAUGAUAACCUCAGAAUCAGUUCUGCAAAAAUGAAAUCGGAUGGACUGACGCAGACGAUGGUUGACCGCUGCAUUCAGGAUGAGAUUUCAGACUUCUUGUCGGGUGUACUCACGCGGGCAGAGAGCCAUAGCCAUGGCUCAGGGGAAACGAGGGACCUGGACACUGAGAAGAAGAGGAGGCCUCGAAGAGAACUCCCCUUUGACACAGAGAGAGGGCGCCCCUCCUCCCCUGCAGUCAGACUCCCUAUCUCUCCGUCAGGCUCGGAGGAUUUGUCCAGUGUCUGCAGCAGUCCCACUUCAAGUCCUAAACCCAAGAUCGGGCUGUCUCCUGCGCAGAAAUCCAGUCUGAUUACAGCUACACAGCUCUUGAAGACCCACAUGCAACGCUCUGGCACAGUGCUCUCACACAAGCAGGCUCAAGCUCAGUUUGCUGCUUUUAUGAAACAAAACAUGCUUGUGAGGAAAAACCUUCCUCCCGGUACUCCUCCUUGUAUAUUUGUGACAAGUGAUCAGAUGGAGGCAUUGGAUAGAGAUGAACUGAGGGCUCGCGGCAAGAGGCGCCUAACCCCAAGUCCGACUCCGAGCAAAGCCUCCAAACGGGCCAAGAUCAAAGUCACAAUUGUUUCUCAAAGCGAGUCGUCAGGGGCUACCAUCAGCUCAGCUGCACAGGAAGUGGGUGUUUCUGGAAAGCCUGUCGCCGUGACAAUGGGACAGACUGUGGCCGGAGCCAUGGAACUCUCUGGACUUCUCACAGGCCAGCGGUCUGGUAGUCUCUCAGAGGUGUCUGGUACCCUGUCUCCAGGCUCCAGCUCCUUCAACAGCGUGCAGCCUUGCAUGGUGUCAGGGUCGUCCGCACCAAUCCAGGCGCAAGCUCCAGCUACUGCCCAAGCACCUUCCGCCAGCAGUCUGCUACAAGGCCUAAGUUUCAGUCUGCAGGAGAUCGUCACCAAAGCACCUAGCUUGCCCUUUGGGGAAGCUUCCACCGGAAGCACGCAGGCAUUCUGUGGUAAGCAGCAGGGUCAGGUCCUGAGCGCCGUCUCCACCACCACCAACAGCAGCACUCUGCUCCGAGCAGUUCCUGUGGUCACCACGGGGGGCGUGGCCAAAACCAAUGCUAUCCAGCAACUGCUCACCAAUGGCGGACUGGCCAAGCUCGCCAGCAGUUUGCCAGGCUUGGCCCACAUCACCAACCAGAACGCCGGGCAGAAAGCCCCCACAGCCAUAACAGUGAUGCUUCGAGGAGCACAACCUGCAAACAAAGCGGGAUCACUCAGCCAAGCUGGUGAGAUGACGCCAGAUCAGAACAUAACUACAUUCUUUCGCUCUGGUUUACAUUGGCCCACACUGCUGAUGCUCCCUCUGGUGACCCCCACAGUUCACAUGGGACCUGCAUAUUUGAGAGGGCCUUGCUGAAACGUUCUUUCAACAAGCUAUUGUCUGCAUAUAGCGUACACCAUGAGCUUUGCUGAGCUUCCAGGAAAAACACGACUGUAAAAGAUGACAUAUACACU